AUGAACAUAAUAACAGACCAGGAUUUUAGCAUGCAUGCAGGCAUAGAGGAGGUCUUUCCGUUGGCAGUGCACAGGCACUGCAGGUGGCAUAUUAUAAAGAAGGCUGAGGAGACGCUAGGACCAUUCUUUGCUGACCGUCCAGAGCUGCACAAGGCAUUCGAGUUGUGCGUGGACCACAGCUUGACGCUGGAGGAGUUUGAACGGAGCUGGACAGCUAUGAUUGAAACAUAUCAAACUACGCAGCGCAGCGAGGGGUUCAAUGCUGUUCUGAAGCGGUACAUGAGCCAUGGCAACUCAUUGCUGCAGUUUGCCAAGCAAUACACAACUUUGCAACAGAAAAUAUUGGGAUCUGAGCUAUAG